AUGAUCAGGCGCAUUCUUGUUGGAGCCACUGAGCCCACUUACCGCUUGCCAGUCCCUCCAGCUUUCCAACGAGGCGAUAACAACCGGGAAGAGGUCACUGGCCAGUACCAUUCAAAAUCAGGCUACCUUUUUGGACGGGGACGAAAUGCUGAAUGGCAACUAGCAGAAUUUCUCAUCCAGCGGUUGACGCAAACUGAUAUUAACAAGUUUCUGAAGCUAGAUUGGUUUAAAUCCAGACCCAGACCAUCCUUCAAGAGUGCAGAUCAGCUAUUUGGCUGGAUCGAUGCAUUACCAAGUGGCCCAGGGUGGCAAUCAACAACACUCAAGUUUACCAACUACACAACCAUAAGGCCAAUCGAGCUAAUCUGGUGUGAUGGCCUCAGAGUCAUCAAAGAUAUCUUCACAAACCCAAUAUUUUCCAACCAUAUGAUGUAUGAUCCUCACAUUGUUAUGGUCGGCUCUGAACGCAAAUACGGCGAAUUCUUUACUGCCAACAGGGCAUUCGCUAUUCAGGUAUGGCUCUUUAACAACCUUCCAGAAGGUGCAACCAUCAUACCAAUUAUCCUUGCAUUGGACAAGACACCCGUAACCAGGAUGUCAGGUGGAUUAGAAAUGCACCCGGUGUUCCUUACAAUCAGCAAUAUACAAUCUGAAGUGCAAAUGAAGGCCACUGCUCAUACAUGGAGUUGUGUUGCAUUCAUCCCAAUUCCAAAGUUUGACAUUCACUCGGAUUUUCAGAUGCUCCUCCACACUCAUUUGUUCCACAAGUGCAUGGAUUUGAUAUUCGCCAAAUGCAAGGUGGCUAUGAGGAUCGGCAAAUACAUGCCAGAUCCCAUGGGUUAUCUUCGGCACUGCUUCACUCCACUCGUCGCAUAUACAGCCGAUCUCCCUGAGGCACAGCUCAUCGCUUGUGUCUCAAAGAACGCAUCACCACUUACAAUGGCUACCCAAAGUGACUUUGGUAGCGCGCAAAUUUUCCCCCGUCGAACAGGCGACCACACACUCAAGCUCAUCUACGACUUAUGCGAACGCGUUGAUCCAUGGAAUGUACCGCUCUUCCAACGUGAAGCCAAAGCAUUGCUGCUCAGCGGUGUUCAUCAGCCAUAUUGGAGAGAUUGGCCGUAUGCAGAUCCAAGUUCUUUUUUGCCCAGCGAACUGCUUCACACGUGUCACAAAUUUUUUGGCAACCAUCCUUUAAAAUGGUGCAAGGAAGUUGUUGGGGAGGACGAACUUGAUGCUCACUACAAGGCUCAUCAUAAACAAGUUGGGACACGUCAUUUUGGGUCCGGUGUCUCCCACAUCAGCCAGAUGACUUGCCGGGAACAUCACAACAUUGAACGGACCAUCGUUGCCAUGAUUGCUGGUGCAGUGAAUACAACCCCCGAUUUCGUAAAUGCUAUUCAUUUCCUCACCAAGUUCAUCUACCAGGCACAGAGCCCCAUGCACACCGACUCAUCCAUUGAUGCUAUGGUGCACUCCCUCGGCGAGUUUCAUAGGCUGAAGCAAGUGAUACUCGAUGCUGGUGCUUGGAGAGGCAAGAGUGGAACGAUCAACAACUUCCUCAUCCCGAAGAUGGAAUUGUUUCACAGCUUCGUGGAGUCUAUCAAAGAUCUCGGUGGUUUGAUACAGUUCUCAGCAGAUGUCAGUGAACGGCUCCUGAUCACGCACUGUAAAUUUCCUUUCGAAAGGACUAGUCAGCAAGCCAGAAAUUUUACCCUGCAGGUUGUCCAAAUUCUCAAUCGCAAUGAAACCAUGCAUCGUUUCAAUCUGUAUACCCUCUUGCAUUCGUAUGGUACACCACUCGUGAAUGCCAUUGCAACCGAAGACAGUGUUGUCGCAGAGACAGAUCCUACCCUGGCCUGGAUAGCGCGUGUGCUCCCCGGUGAGCAGAAGCGCUUCCAUGGCCCACGUCCCAUCCGAAACCAUUUUCUGAAGGGAAUCUUGUCUGUUGAAGCCAAUGCUGCUUUUCACGUCACCAUCUCUCCCAAUCGCAAGUCACUUUCUAUCACCGAUUUGCAAUCGCUCUACUCUCUCCCUGAUUUUGUCAGGACAUGGAACAAGUUUCGUUUACAACUGCUAUCUACCUUCCAGUCGCGAGUCGUGAUGCUGAGUCAAAUUGUCCAAGCAUUUCCACCAUCGGACACCUUCCCUUUGGGUAAUUGCGAUGCAGUUCUCAUGCAAUUGCCUGCCAGCAAUGAUACCUACAUCGCACAAGUCCAUUGCAUUUUUCAAGCCGUUGCAAAGAAAGGUCAUACACUGCCCCACUAUCUUGAAGACUCUCCCCUUCUAUACGUUCAGUACUUUCAGAUCACAGCAACGCCUACUGAGGAUAUGAGUGUUGGAAUGUACCGCAUGAAACGCAUCUAUCAUCAGGAUGGAACAGGUCGGGUCUUCCGACCCAGCAGCAUAAUUCCACUAACAGUCAGUCACCUGUGCCAUUGA